AUGGAUUCGACGAUACUCAAUCGGGCCCGAGGAUCUACAUGUCCUGAACUGGCAAUUAUUAGCCAAAAUAAGCUCCCUCCCACUUUUAACCAUUUUUGUAUCUCGACCAGAUAUAAAGAGAUAGAAGCAACGACUGGUCGUCGUUGCAAUUAUUUUCUUGGCUACUUUAUUUUGGGCUAUUUAGCCCAAGCAGAAAAACAAGUACUGAAAGAAAAAAUGUUAUUCCAAAGAACAGCGGAGGCAACGUUAGUCGUUUCUUCCCUAAUUGGACUAACUUCAUGCUUGGAAAUUACAAGAAAUGUUACAUUUAAUGAUGAAACAAUUAACGAAAAUGUGGUAGUGGAUGCAGGGAAAGGUGUGUCCUUCCUUAGUACUACAGCCAUUCCAAUCAGUAUGGACGGGGAUAUAACCAACAAUGGUGUAUUUUGUUUUGGGUUCACUAAUCACGGGAAGCUCACUUCAUCAGAUAUCAUGAAUUAUGGUCAAAUGUUUUUAGGUGUUGGUGGGUCAGCAGAUGGUGGGGUGCUAAACGUUGGGGAUUUGUACAAUUAUAAUUAUUUGUCAUUCACAGGCUCAGAUUAUCUUACACUUGUAGCAACUGGUAAUUUUGUAAAUGAGGGAUACAUUGAUAUCACUGCCGUGACAAAUGGGAUAUCCCUCACAGGUCCAACGGGUGGAAUUAUCAAUAACGGGGUUAUAACUGCAACAAAUAUGGCGCAAUCAGAUUAUAAGAUAAACGCUAUUGUUGGUACCGGUUGUAUUGUGAAUUCAGGUUUCAGUCAGUGGCCAGAAUUUGAUUUGUCCCAGCCAUUUAACCAAACCAUUUACAAUGAGAGUCCCGUUAUGUGGGCUUAUUUUGGGGCUACCCAAUCACCAAACUCUAUCCCUGUGAUUAGGGGGUUGAGUUCGGCAUCUAAAGGAAGUGCUCAAUUACUGAUUGGAUCAGUUAAUCCAGUUAUCUAUCCGCAAAACCUUAUUUACAAAUAUGAUACUGCAACUGGAAGACUAAAUUUUACCGCAAAUGGACGAAGCUUUCUUUUUGAUAUUGGGUUAGGCUUCGAUCCUACUCAGUUUAGUACAGGUGGGUGUCAAGGUAAGGCAGGAACUUAUGCUUGUAUCACCUACGAAGGAGCAUCGUUAAACGAGAAAAUACCUUCAAAUUUUCAAAUAAAUAUUCAAAGUGAUUUAACUUAUGAAACUGUGUGUCCAGCAGCAACACCACUUCCCCCUCCAAUAACAAGUACUGCUCCCUAUUAUAGUGAAACUAUAGAGGAAAUUAUCUCGUACAGUUCAUUCCUCGACUCAGAUGGUUUACCAACAACAACCAGUACCACUACACAUGUUGUUCCAACAUUAGUAUUACCACCCCCAUACUUAACUACCACCACAAAAUCAGCUACGACAGUUUCUGAGUUAGUGAGUUAUUCUUUCACUCAUGGUGCGAUUAGCGGCAUGCCUGCUUUGAGUGAUGUCCCAAUGUAUAUUACUACAACAUCAACAAUACCAGCAGGGUUUUCCAUUCCGCCACCUUACACAACAACUGUAAUUACUGAUAGUAUGGCAGUAUCCGAACUUGUUUCAUUUUAUUCCACAGAUUCCGAUAGCACACCAAUGACAGGUACGACAACAAUUACUUUCCCACAAACACGAAAUGUCACUACUACAGUCACGGAAUACUUGAUGGGUACCACGCAUCUAAGUAAAGUAUUUACUAGUACGGGUACUUGGCAAAGUACGAGUACUUAUUCGACUACUGUGGAAACAUAUGUGAUAAGAACAGAAAGUACAGGAGUGGUAACAUCUCAAAUUUGA